AUGAAGUUCCCUCCAAACGACAACACGAUGGUGCAAGUAAAGACCAAUCGUUCGAAGAAAAGAAGUCGGCGACGCUGGUCACACUUCUCCGAAUCGCAGCUUGUUCUGGCAACGCUAAAUACUGCAAGUUGCAAAGCCGUCAACCGAACGGAAACGAGAACUACGAAGAGGAGUGAAAUAACCGAGUCAACAGAUAAGCAGCAUGCUGCUCCAGCACCAGUGGUUACGCCGUCACCAGUGAUAAUGCGAGGGGAAAAUAAACAUGUUACUGAAUCCCAAACUAUUAAAGAUGCACCGAAACAGUUAUUUCGGUGUGUGAAGCAGACUCGAAAGCCGACGGAUGCUUGCAAGGACUCUGAUGGAAACAAAACGCUCAAGAAAAGGACAAACCCAAGAAGGCUUUUUCGCGAUAAGAAAAGCGGAGCUGCAGUAGUGACGACGAUAAAUAGAAUACAGCGAAGAAAGAGAAGCAAGUCUAAGGAACUCGAAAAUACAGUGGACAAGCUAGCUGAUAAAACAAAGCGGCGGAAAGAGAGCAGCAAGUCAAAGGAAACAGAAACAGAAGCAGUGGACAAGCCAGUUGAUAAACUACAGCAUAAAGGGGGAAGCCAGUCUAAGAAACCGCUUAAAACGGCCGGCAAGCAAAUUGGUAAAACACAGCGAAGGAGGGGAAACAAUUAUAAAUCUGAUGUUUCUGAUCCUCCAAGUAUUUCAAAGACAUCAGGGGUCUCACCAAUGCCCCUCAAAUCUAGAAUGGCUACGCGAGAACGGAGGACUAAAGGAAAAGACAAGACACGAGACCGACAUGUGAACUCUUGGGAUUCAUUAGCAUCUGUGUGUUCAGUGACAACUAACAGGAGUGUGGCGGAAAACACAGUUGCAUCAGAGGGCGCUACAGAGCCGAUUCCAAAAACUGUGACGCAAGAUGUUGAUGACAACUCAGUUGCAUAUUCUGUCCUAUCGCAUCCUGCCAGCGUGAGACAAUGUAGUGAAGAUUCACAGCGAUCGCCAUCUGAAAAGAGCCAAGUUUCAACAAUACCUCCGGCUCUUUUGUCGGUGCUGGCUCCGAAAGGUUUGCCUCGAAAGCUAAGAACAUCAGCUCAGAUAUUGGAAGAAACGGAACCCCUUAGACCAGCCCUUGGUAGAUCAUGCAAAGAUAAGAGGAAAGAAGUAAGCUACAAUGAAGAUUCUGACGACGAAGAAGGCUUCUUGAAAAAUCCCUGGAACUUCCCCGAAUCUCAAUCGGAUUCGUUGUGUGAUAACGAUUUCGCUGUCGACAGUAACGCAGCACAUUCACUCGAUUCACCCAACGAUACGAACAUGUCGCCUGGGACUACAGGUGUAAUGAAUUAUAUAACUUCACAAAGCUUGUCCCAAUCCGAAGAAGCUCCAAUUCGGGAUCGACUGGAAAGUAAAAUUUCUCGAAGGAAUACUGACGAUACGAAAGAUGCAUCUCGCAGACGAACGAAGCAGUCGAGGAAGGAUUAUCGUGCUUCGAUGGCGCUACAAAAUGCUAUGGAAUCAGACAGUAAUGGGGCUGGCGAGCAGAGAUCAAAUAGAAGGUCCAGGUGUCCUCCCAUUAAGUUCUCUUCAUAUGUUGUUGGAGAUAAAGAUCUGGAUAGUGUGCUCCUUGAAGGUAUCAACGACAAUAGAGAUGCACGACACAAUAGCCACAAGAGGAAUGCGACUCGCGAUUACGAAGUUGUUAAUAGAAAACUGCAGCAAAUCGAUCCAUCACCAAAGAAGAAAUCUAUCAGUGAAGUCGGCAAGACUAUCUCUACCAGUGCUACACUCCAACAGGAACCCGUAGAGAAUCUUGAUUCACAGAGUCAUUCUGUCACAACCAAAUCAGUUGUGCAAGUGGUUACCAAAGGGUCUAAGAAGAAGAAGCACUCGAAGAAGAAGAAAUCAAGGAAAAAGAAGUCAAAGGUUCGUUGGGCUCCUUUACCAACAGCCACUACCACUUUUUCAGUAAAAAUUCGGGUCAAAACUUCGAUGGAUAAUGGUCGGUCAUCUUCAAGCAACGUUCAAGUUCCUGCUUUCGAUGAGUCUACAGUUCAAGCAAUCGCAGACCAAGUGACGCAGGCAUGUUUGAUGCAAGCCCGCAACAGUCCGGGAGCUCUUGUUCCUAACAAUGCGGUGGUCAAAACUGCCCCCCAUAGGUCUAAAAGCAAAAGGGUCUUACCACUGUCCACUCGAAAUUCUGUCGAGGAUGCUAAUAAUCUUGAUGACGAUUCGUCAGAGGAAAAGAAGCCGAGGAACAAGCCUUUUGAAAUUGACGUAGAUUGCAACAAUUCUGUGGUUAGUGAUCUAACGCGAGAGCGGGGUGUAAGGGAAUCAUCAGCUCGAAAAAGGAAACUCCGAGAUGAGGAAGUGGAAGAUGAGGAUGAGAAUGAUUUUGAUGGUCCCAUGGACGAACCAGAAGAUAACGAUUCUGUCUUGAAGGACGCUGCUGUUGAGCCCAAUGCACGAUUUGAAGCAUCGCCUGCCCAAGAACAACUCCCCUCUAUUCCAACCAGACCCACGGAUUUCGUGACAAAGUCAGAACGAUCCAAGAAAAGAAGGAGGAGAAUUUGGAGUAGUGGCGACUCUCUCGCUGGGUCGUUUGUUAGCACCUCGCGCUCAAGUCUCAAGAAACCAAGCUCGAGAGGCGGCAGCACACCAGAAAUGACUCCUGCUGUGACGAAACCGGUGUCUCCCGCUCGUAUCGCUAGGAAAGGCAAAGAUCCCAAUGUUGGUGCUGGUACGAAUACUCCUGUUGUCGCAGCAAAGGCUGGACCAGCCCACCAAGCAAAGGAACUACCGAUUCAAAAGCAAAAGGAUGAAACUAUCGUUACUGCUGAUGCAUCAGCAAGCGCAAAAUGUGGCAAAUGUUCAGGGUGUACACGGAGCUUUGAUUGUAUGAACUGUGACGCCUGUCUUGCUCGUUUGCAAGCUGGAGACACGAUCUUUCAAGAUGAAGCCAAGUCCGAUUGCAUGAGGAGAGUUUGCCAUCGAGUCCUCGCAAGAUCUGAUGAAGCGUCAAUGGGAACCGCCUCCCAACCACCAUCUUUUCCGGUUACGAAUAUUCUAGAGCAGGAUGAUAUGAGCUACAUUAGUGAAGUUGAGUGGGGAACAGAGAAACGCAAGUCAAAGCAAGGGAAGCCACUGUCCCGUGCGUCUCGUCUUUGGAGCCAACAAUAUGAGAGACAGCCUCCACAACAGCGUGCCACUGGCAGCAUCUCCUCUGUCACAACACUAACGGGAAUGAGUGGUCUAGCGGUCAAGGCAAGAAAUGGCAGACGAAGAAAGGGUAGUAAGAAGAACCCGCUACAUUACUUGGAAAUGCCAGUGGCAACUGAUGGAUCAGUAGCCUCGUGGAUGGAAAGUCGACGCGUUCGACAGGCUUUGAUGAAUUACGAUGAAGCCGAUCAAGAUUGGGUCUAG